GAACCAAGCCAGGUGUUUGGAUUUAGAUUCCCUCUUGAACCGAAUUCUCGUCAUUUAAAAUUAUAUUUAAUUGUUUUUAAAAGAAUCAAAUGGACCAAGGGACGUGUGUCAGACCCUUUUUGUUUAAAGGCAAACACAAACUGUGAAGAAGAAUGAUAGAACACAAGAGGAAGAAAGAGGAGGAGCCAGGGGAUGGUAGAGAACAGGCUUUGGAGGUAUACACAGAUAGGACUCUUCCUGAGUUGAGCUGUUUGCUGUGUGGGGCUCUUCUCUGCUGUGUCCGCUCCUGAGCCAUGGACUAAACCUGCACACACUGCUGCUUUGAAAGAUUUGAGCCACAUUCCAAGGCUGGGUGUAAGGCAGCAGUUCAGUACCUGCGUCUGCUCUGUGUGAAUCAUCAAUGGAGCUCACACAAGAAGAGACGCAGUUCUUCCAGAAGGAUACAAACAUCCGGCUUUUUGGGGCAUUUGGAUGAGCGACCAAGAGAGCAGCACCUCGGCCUCUCAGACAGAGGGAGAAUUUGAGGGAGACAUGGAGGGGGACGAAGAACUAGAGGAAGGACCGAAAGACUCGCCCCCCAGUCUGUCCUCCACCCUCCGCGCUGUCAUACGCAUUAAACAGAAGUACCAGGCCUUGAAGAGGAGGCGUGAGGAGAUGGCCCUGGGGCUGGGAAGACCCGGGACCAUCACAGGAGCUCCCGCUCGAACCAGCCCCAAAAUCUUCACCUUCGAUGGAGUCACCCCUUCGUCCGCUGUUCCUCAGAAGAAGAAGAGGAGAAGGAGGAGGCGCGUGAUGUAUCCUAAUGGAAAUAGGCAAAGAGCCCCCCCGAAGCAGGAGCGCAGCAGAGCCAAAUACUGCCUUUACCUGCUGUUUGCCAUCGUCUUCCUCCAGGUGUACAACGCCAUAGAGAACCUAGAUGACCACGUACUCCGAUAUGACCUGGACGGGCUGGAGAAGACCCUGAGGAGAGAGGUGUUUGGACAGCAGGGAGCAGUGGAAGGGCUGCUUUCCCACCUGCAGGACUACCUGUCCACCUACGUCCACAACAAGCCCCUCGUGGUGUCCGUGCACGGCCCAAGCGGAGUGGGCAAGAGCCACUUGGGACGCCUCCUGGCCGGACACUUCCGCUCAGUGGUGGGGGAGUCGCUGGUGCUGCAGUACUACGUCCUCCACCACUGCCCCCAGGAGGCCGACGCCCUGCAGUGCGCCCACAACCUCUCCACGCUCAUCUCCCAGAUGGUGGUACGUGCCGAGGAGGAGGAGAAGAUCCCGCUCUUCAUCUUCGACGAGGCCGAACACAUGCACGGGGAGAUCCUGGACGAGCUGUGGCAGCUUGUGACCUCCAAGAAGUCCAAUGAAUACUUGAACGCCAUCUAUCUGUUCCUGAGCAAUCUGGGUCAUGCGCACAUCACCAAACAUAUGUUACACAACUCCUCAUGUAGUUCUAUGGCGUUGACAGCAUCCAUUCGCCAUAGUCACCUUGUAAAAGAGCUGACUCCAAUAUUACGCAGCACUCUGGAGAAUCUUCACUCGCUGUGGACAGAGGUGGACAUCUUACCUCUGGGCCUUUUGGAGAAAGGUCAUGUGAUAGAGUGCUUCCUGGAUGAAAUGACUCGAGAGGGGUUCUACCCAGAUCAUACCAACAUAGAACGCCUCGCAGGGGAGAUUGAAUAUUACCCUGCUGUAGGGGGGCACGAAUAUUCCCAGAUGGGCUGCAAGCAAGUGGUGGCUAAGGUCAACCUGCUGUGAAGUGCUCUUCAGGAAAUGUCUGGAUGCUUCACAUGCUUUAAAUUAUGAAGAAACCGCUCGAGGGAAGUGAGUGGGUUUACAGAACUUGAAUGACACAACUCAGAGUUUUUAAGAGCAGCGACAAACAAGAGGUUCUGCUGUGGGAAGAAGAACGAAACCUGUGAAGAAGUUUGAAGAGGCCCAGUUCAGAAGCAAAACAUGUUUUCUCUCUCAGCUCUGGUCUUAUCUUUUCAUGCAGAUGCUUGUGGCUUUGUUUGCCCGGUAUCUUCUGAGCUUUCUGCCUCCACCCAAAAACAAUGAAAGUAGAUAAAAUGUCAUCUCAUGGCAAAAAUAAUAAUGUUAUUUAACAAUGUUGACAGUUAGGUCAUUAUCAUCAAGUGCAAGCUCUGCAGAUCUCUAGUGAUGACAGAUGGAUACCUGAAGUUUUGUCCCAUCCUUCCUGAUCCCCUGAGGAUGAAUCCUGCUGAGUUAUUUUAUCCCCUGAAUGUUGUUGAUGUUCCACCAGCGAGUAGAAUGUAUCCCUUAUCUUGUGAAAUAAACUGCUCAGUCAAAUUAAGGUCACACUUAAAUCACACAUCAGAUCUUGAUUAACGAAUUAUUUCAAGUUGAAAAUCAUCACUGAUGUACAUUGUGUAAUUUGUUCGGAACAAAAUUACAACGUUCACUGGAAACCCAAAUCAUGAACCCACUGAGGGCUGGAUUCAAAACCACACCAAAAAUCGAAGAAUCUAAGAAACUAUCAUCACAGGCUGAUCCAACUUCCUAGAAGUUCAUCACAACAACUCAUAAUGUGACUCAGUAGUGUGAAUGGAUGGUGCCCUUGGGGAUCUCCGCCCUCAUGCAGUCUGUUUCUGACAGUUUGGUCAGAAACAAGCAGACCAGUAGCCUGAUUAGUCAUUUUGUACAGCUUCUCCUGUUCCUCCUCGCUCUAAGGAGCAGAUACCAGUGCUGCUGUCCUGUCCAGCUCUCCUCCUGGAUGUGUCAUCCUGGAGGAGCUGGACUACCUGUGCAGCCUCAUUGGGCUGCAGGUACCACCUCAUGCAACCAGAUUGCAUGAGGUGCACCAUAGCAGGAGACAUUGAUUCACAAUCACUUGUAAACUAAUUUUUUUGAGCAGUCAAACCGCUUUGCUUGGUGGGUUGGCAGUAAAUCAAGAGACAAUGACUCAGUGUUCAAAUAAGAGAUUAUUGGACUUUUCGGUUUCACCACAUCGAACUUUCCCUUCGUGCAAUACUUUUUAUAGCCCCUCAUAGACUCCUAUCUUAUUUAAAUGUCAUUUCCCAGAUGAAAUGCCAUUCACUUGCAUUUCAAAGGGGUGGAGGCAGGGAUCUCUAGACUGAUAGAUGCUAAUAGAUGUUACUAAGAAUAUGUGUAUUGUGAAUUUGGCUGAAAUGAUCCUUUUACCCCUUUAAGACAAAUCAUAUUUCAGAACAACUGUAUUGGCAGCUCAACCUCACAUGGAUGUGAAUGAGAAACACUUAUUUCUGAUCAUUGCACGGAAUCACACAUAAUCAGGGGAGGAGUUAGACCUGUGUUCCUUCAUUUAGAAAGGGAAGUUCACUUAUUUGUAGUGCAUCACUUAUAAGAACUCAUUAUAGGGUGUUCAGAAGAACUCUUUUUUUUGUCUUACAUUGAAUACAGCAUGAUUUUUUUUAAUGCUAGUGCGAGUGUGAAGAUUUAAAAAAAUCUACAACGCGUACGCCUGUGGCUUCACAGUAUACAGCGUAAGAACGGUAGAUUCUGUCUCUGACCUGCAGAUGGAAAGUGGUGCUAGUGGCUCCUCAUCAGAUCUGGAUUUGUGAUUCUUUACAAGUUUAUUUAUUAAAGAAAGAGGUUUUUGUGUUGAUAUUCUGAAAGUCCACCGGCAAAGAAAUGAGGUCGGUAUUGCCAGACUUGCACUAGCAUUAAUAUACAUGUUGAAUUGAUGGAUUUUUGAAUGUCCUCUGCUCAGAUCAUCUUUCAGUCCAAAUAUUUAGAAUAUCAAAUAAUAAUUGUUAAAAUUAAAGGACAUUAAAACAUG